AUGCGUUUCACGCUUCUGUGUGCCGCCGUCGUGGCAUGCGUCUUGGUUUCAGGCGUUCACGGCGUGGUGAACACGAUCCGCGCGCCCGUGGAUGAGUUUAUGGCCCUGAUGCACGCGGAGCACCAGGAGUGCACCGCCAUCUACGAGGCCGUGCUUGACCCGGACCUGACUGUGCAAGGCAAUGACAUUGGCAUGUGGCCCACCCACGGCAAGGACACCACCAUCACCCCCGACGACCCGCGCUACUCAAACUUCCACCCCUGGACCAACGGCGGCACCAUCCAGCGCACCUUUGGCGACAACUUCGAGCGCGAGCCAUACCGCGACGACCCGGCCCGCCAGGCCCGCGCCGCCGACAAGCAGUCUGUCACCGCCCUCACAGAGGACGACGCCACGCCGCUCGGGUUCCAGCGCGACACGCUCCGCCAGUACCACGCCGUCUGCGUGCACGUGCGCCGCGUCCACGAGCGCUGGGUGGAGAUUAUGGCGGAGACCCUGCAGCCGGACCAGCAGGUCUGCGUGACAGACUGGAACAGGCCCGAUCUUGCCGAGAACGUGCACCAGGAGUCGUGCGGCAACGGCAACCUGUACACGUGCCGCGAGUCCACCAACUCCAUUGGCGCGGACGGCAAGUACGACGACACCAUGUCGCUCAAGUUCUACUGCCGAGAGUCGUGCGAUGACCCAGACUUUGAGUUUUACUGGCGCAUCGUGGCCAGCCAGGACACCCCCAUUCGCAUCACCAACCCCGACGGCAGCCAGUUUUGGCAGCAGCCGGACGGCGAGAACUGGUGCGCCCACCGCGCUGGUGACGACUUUCCAUCCUCCCUCCUCAAGCCAUACCCGGUCAACUACGAGCCGCCAGCGGUGUUUGAGCGGUCUGUCUCUGCCGCCGCCACCGCUGCGCCUGCACCCGUGAUGGCCCUUCUCGCAGCAUCGCUCCUCAUCGCCCUUGCUCUCUUCCGCUUCUGA